CGAGCGUCAUUUGGAGCAGAGGUAGUUUGAAAGAAGAGCUUCAGGAUUCCACACUAAACCUGCAAUCAAAUAUUGGUCUUUCUUUUCCCCCCACAGAUCUUUGACUUGUUAUUUUGGUGACAGCCCCACCGUGACAGGAAAUUCUCUAGAAGUUGCAGGAAGAUAUUCAACCAUCGCUAAUUUAUUUUUUUAACCUCCGAGUCCAGUGGUUUCCCUGGAAAUGGACUGCAGCUCUCAGAGCUGCCGCCACCCUGGUGAGCUUCUCCGUGCCUAGGUUGUGAACUCAGCUUUCAGCACUGUCGCUGUAAACAUGACAGAAGAGCCUGUAAAGGAGAUCCUGGGGGUCCCAAAGUCUCUCACCCCAGUGAUAAUGGAGAAAAACCCCAAGAGCGAAGUUGUGGUCACCACAGUCCCCUUGGUCACCGAGGUCCAGCUGAUGGCUGCCACGGGGGGCGCAGAGCUCUCCUGCUACCGCUGCAUCAUCCCCUUCGCCGUGGUGGUCUUCAUCGCUGGCGUCGUGGUCACCGCCGUGGCCUACAGCUUCAAUUCCCAUGGCUCCAUCAUCUCCAUCUUCGGCCUGGUCCUUCUGUCCUCUGGACUUCUUCUGUUAGCUUCCAGUGCUCUUUGUUGGAAAGUGAGGCAGAGGAACAAGAAAGCCAAGAGGCGGGAGAGCCAGACGGCUCUGGUGGUGAAUCAGAGAAGCUUGUUUGCUUAAAGACUCAAUGAGACCAAACUGGCUAAGGGGCCCCAAGAUCCUGUUCUCACUUGGUCAGCCGAUUUCAUCCAGGACCGGUGCGGGAGAGAAUGAAUGGGCUUGACUUUGGAGCAGACUGGACAAAUGGGUAGGAGGAAGGCAGGAGGGCUGUGAGAGGAGGGGGAAAUCUCUCCUGGUGAAGAAUGAGCUGUCUUCUCUGUGAACAUCUCCUUUAAUGACAAGCUUAAUCCUAAGGGCUAUUUCUGGGACAGAGGAGUCCGCUCUCUCUUUAAGUUAAACGUUUUGGGGGCUGUGGACAAUAUUAGACGUUUGGCUCAUCUUGAAAAGUAGCCAAGAAAUGAUGAGAAAAAAAUAAUUAAAAAAUAGCCCUGGCACAUCAGAUACCUGCCUUUGAAAGAAAGAACCCACAUUCUGUAAGAAGUUAUAUUAUACAAAUGUUCUCCUGAAAGGUCUACAUUGCCUUAGAAUUUGCAUACAUCUUUGAAAUUCUGAUUUAUUUUUUUGUUUCAGUAAGUUGAUUCUCUGGCACUCAUUUUUAUUCUUUACUUUCAGUAACUCAUCACCGGUGGUACUUUAUCUUGAAGAAUUAAUUUUUUACAUAUAUAUAUUUUAACAUUGGACAGUGUUAGGAGAUUAUAAUGAUGCGUCAGAAUUAAAAAUAAAAGGUAUAGGUAACAGAAGGUGGGGGGUUAAAUUAAUAUUAAUCUGAUAUAGCACUUUUGAUGAUUUUUUUACAUAAAAGUCUAAUGUGCAUUUCAU